GCGGCUGCGCGCUCAGAGCCCGGCCGGCCGGCGGCUGUGGACGCGGCGCUGCCCCUCGUCAGCCUCGCUUCAGGCCUCAGCCGGGGCCCCCCCAGGCCUCCGGGACAGAGACCGCCCGGGGCGCCCGGCGUCGGCACGGACGGACGGACGGACGGACGCACGGACGGACGAGCGCCCCCGCUUCGGGAGCCGGGAGCCGGGAGCCGGAGAGGUAAAAGUAAGUGACUGGGAACGCAUCUGGGAGCCACUACCAUGUCCAGGAGAAGGUUUGACUGCCGGAGUCUAUCGGGCCUCCUGACCACAACUCCUCAAACUCCAAUGAAGAUGGAAAACUUUAAUAAUUUUUAUACACUCACAUCUAAAGAACUAGGCAGGGGAAAGUUUGCUGUGGUCCGACAGUGCAUAUCCAAAUCUACCGGCCAGGAGUAUGCCGCAAAGUUCCUGAAGAAGAGGAGAAGAGGCCAGGACUGCCGGGCGGAGAUUCUGCACGAGAUCGCUGUGCUGGAGCUGGCCGGGGCCUGCCCCCGCGUCAUCAGCCUCCACGAAGUCUACGACAACGCCAGCGACAUCAUCUUGGUGCUGGAAUAUGCUGCAGGUGGAGAAAUUUUCAACUUGUGUUUACCUGAGCUUUCUGAAGUGGUCUCUGAAAAAGACAUCAUCAGACUCAUCAAGCAAAUCCUCGAAGGAGUUUGUUACCUGCAUCAGAAUAACAUCGUCCACCUUGACUUAAAGCCUCAGAACAUACUACUGAGCAGUGUAUAUCCUCUCGGAGACAUAAAAAUCGUAGACUUUGGCAUGUCUCGGAAAAUAGGAAAUGCCUGUGAACUCCGGGAAAUCAUGGGGACUCCAGAGUACUUAGCUCCGGAAAUCCUGAACUAUGAGCCUAUCACUACUGCGACAGAUAUGUGGAACGUUGGUGUAAUAGCCUACAUGCUGCUGACGCACACCUCUCCGUUCGUGGGCGAGGACAACCAGGAGACGUUUCUCAACAUCUCUCAAGUGAAUGUGGAUUAUUCAGAAGAGACUUUCGCAUCUGUUUCACAGUUGGCCGCUGACUUUAUCCAGAGCCUUUUAGUGAAAAAUCCAGAGCAAAGGCCGACAGCGGAGAGCUGCCUUUCUCAUUCUUGGCUGCAGCAGUGGGACUUGGGGAGCUUGCUUCACCCUGAAGACGCCUCCAGUUCACCUCCGACUCUGGACCAUACAGUGAGGGCUUCCGAAGACAAGACUUGCAAGCCCUCCUGUAACGGGACGUGCGGCACCCAGGAGGACAAGGAGAACAUCCCCGAGGACCACGGCACUGUGAUUCCCAAGAGGUUCCGCUUUGACGACUCACUCGCCAACCCCCACGAACUGGUGCCAGACUUACUCUGUUAGCACUUUUCUCCUCGGCUCCCAUCGCCGGAUGUGGAAUUCGAAAGCCACUCCAGCUCAAGACUGUGGUUUGUUGCUGCAUAAGUGGAGUGUUUAUAUUCUAAAUGCACUUUUGCUUAGAAGAAUUUAGGGAGGUAUUUCAGUGCUAAAUUACUAGAGACUAGCAUCAUUUCAUUUUCUUCCUAAGAUACUGGCUUUGCGGAGAAGAGAUUAUUUAAAUAUAUGACAAGAAUGUUUACCUGUAAGUUUCCAUGGUGACAGAGAUCACAAGUUAAACUGGGGGCCUCACAGUGUCCGCAUGCAGGAGGAAAGAAGGGUGGCUUGAGUCAUGAUUGAUACAAGCUGAACAAGCUGAAGACAUUUUCGGCUGAGUCCUAUGCCAUCCCUCAGUACAGAGUUCUGAAGGUAGCAUGGUGCAUUUAAGCAAGAAUCUACACUAGUUUACACGGGCUUGAGACAGUUUGCAUCCGGAAGUCUUUUUCAAUCAGUUUGAAAUGUUUUGAAACAGCAUCAAGUCCCCACGCCAUCUCCUCUGCUAUGGAGGGAGAGUCUUUGCUAGACAGACGCAGCCAGCUCACAGACUCUCAAGCAGCUUUUGUCUUCAGGCGCAAGCUAGUCACUCACAUGUGGAUAACCACACCACAGUUGCAGCGGCUCUGGGUUUAGUGAGGUGUUAGCAGGUGGGUCCCUCUGCGAAGACUGCACAAGUGAGGAGACUCACCCGAGAGCCACUGCAGAGUGGCCUCUAAUGGUCUUUUGCAGGAAUCAAGCAAGAGUCUUGGGAGAGCAGACUGUGCGUGUGGUGCUAACAGUGGUGGGUGUCAUUCUUCAAGCUCCCUAGUGGGAGGACACUUGCUCCUUUUGCGGGCUAAUGUUGAUGGCUCCACACCGGGUGAAAUGGUCCGUGACAUGAUCUUAUUCAAAUAACCGUGACUUUGUCAGCAUGAGAAAAGAAAUUCUGUCUUGACUAAAAGUCUCUUGAGUUUUCUCCCUCUAAAUUAUGUUAUUCUAAAACGUUUAGCUUCUUGAAGUUUUUAUCAAACUCCCAAUGACUACACAGCUGUUUCGAAUACCCAAUAGGCCCCUUUAUUUGGGAAAGUAGAAAAUUGCCUUCAUGUAGUCAUCAUGUUAGAGGAAGGUGUGUGUGUAGGAGUAUGUGUGUGUGUGUAGGUGAGUGUGUGUCUAGGCGCGCGCGUGUGUGUGUAUGUGUAUGUGUGUGUGUAGGUGUGUGUGUGUAGGUGAGUGUGUGUCUAGGCGCGCGCGUGUGCGCGCGCGCGCGUGUGUGUGUGUAGGUGUGUAUGUGUGUAGGUGUGUGUGUGUAGGUGUGUGUGUGUGUAGGCGUGUGUGUGUCUGUAGGCGUGUGUGUGUGUCUGUAGGCGUGUGUGUGUGGUGUGUGUGUAGAUGCGUGUGUGUGUGGGUGUGUGUGUGCAUGUAGGUGUAUAUAUGUACAGAUAAGGUUCCCGUAGAGAUCCUUUGCUCUUUAUUAUGUUGAGCUCAACUCAGGUGCCAGAAAGACUCUUUUCAUGGCGUGUGAAUAGACAGUCAGGAUCUCUAAGCAGCAGUUCGUCGAUUAAAUGAACUAGUCACUGCAGAAGCCGAAUUGGCCUGCAUAUAUCUAAAACUGAUGAGAAUAUAAAUUGUUGACUGUUCAUUUCUUCGUCUUCAGUAUUAUCUAAUACAGGUAAAGUUUAGUAAAUUAAUGAGAUUAUUACUUUUCCAAGAGAGUACAUAUUUUGAAUUUUUAUAGAAUUAUGCCUUCCUAGAAGAAUAGGAAAUGUUUGAUUUUUUUAAAUAUAAGCUAGUUCUAAAAAUGUUUUAUACCCACCUUAUGCUAGUGUAAGAGACUAUCGGUUAUAUGCCUCUUUGCUAAGAGAAUAUACAGAGUUGCAUAGGUCCAUAACUUUUUUCCUGACUGUUUUCAUUGUAAAAAGGCAGCUAGUGAUUGCAUAAACUAUAUAUAUAAAGCAUUGUUUUGUAUGAGGCUGAAUUUAAAUAUUUUUCACAGACUCAAAUGUGAAAAUUAAUUUCAGUUCUUGACAGAGGACUUAUUGGUAAAUAAUUGAGUUCUUUUUUUUUUCUUCUUCCAAGAUGAAAACAAACGUCUGUGAAUAGCGGAUACUGUGUGUCUCUGCCAUAGGAGUCUAGGGAGCCAGCUGUGGCACUUACACACAUCUGAAGAUUACGAUUCAAUUGUCAUGAGUUAGAAAGUCUGAUUCGAAUAGAAAGCAGAUGCAGGUAACAGUUACAGCUGUCGUGUUCUGCCACCUCCUGGAUAGCCCCAAGGUUAUCUGACCAUGAGAAGUCAAAUGACGGUGGCUUCUUAAGGCGGCGUCUCUGUCCAGGUUGAGAUGAGGGUCUUUACCCCACGGGAUGCCACAGCAGCCGACCGGUGUGCCCAGGGGCUGCUGAGUUAGUCCACUCUGCCACACUGUCCUUCAUUCUGAAUGGGUGGCAAACAGCUCGGGCCUCCUACUUUGAAAUAACUUUGCUAUGAGGAAUAUUGAUAAAUGUUGGUGUUUUAUAACAGUUUACAUUUCUUUUAUAUCUGUGCAUUUUCGGUUUGAUAACUUGCUUGGAAGGUUCUUACCGUGUAAACAAUUAUACUUGAGUUUCAAGUUGUACUAAAAUGAAGUUUUCUAGCCUCCAAUUUGGGAAAUUGUUGUCAAGUUGUAAUUUCAUGAAGUGUGAAGAACAUUAAACUCUAAAUGUAUGUUUCCACACAAAUUAUAACUGCCAUACCUCAUCAGCUGUCAAAUAAUCAUGUUGUUUAUGGUGCAGAGACAAACAUGAACACACCAGCUUUUUUAAAACAACAACAACAACAACAACAAAACGCUAUUACUUAAACCAAUUUAUUGAUCCUUGUGGUUAAAAAAUUAAAAAGCACUUUUUUUUCUUAAACA